UGUUUUCCCAGGUGAGACCCCAGGCAGCAUGGAGCAGAGACAAGCCAUUCCUACUGUGCCCUGCAUGGAUUUCUGACUCAUAGAAUUUGUGUUCCACAUCACAGGAUCAGAGGAGCCCCACGGAAGAAGUUAGGGUUAUGAAGGACAGGCUGAAGCAAGACACCUGCAGGAAGCUUAUGUAAAUGUAAAAGAGUGAUGACUGAGCAUGUGGAUGAGAAACUUGCAAGGAAAUGCCAUUUCUUACAUUGGUAAAGAUACGUGGAAGUCAUACCAUUUGGUUGAGAAACUAAAUCUCAGUGGAAAUAAUUUGAGAGAAUUACGUAAGGAUUCAUUUGAAGGCCUGUUUUCCCUCCAGUAUUUAGACUUAUCCUGCAAUAAAAUAGAAUUUAUUGAAAGGAAUGCGUUUGAAUCACUACCUUUUUUACAGUAUAUAAAUCUUGGUUGCAAUUCAAUCACAAAAGUGAACUUUGGAACAUUUCAGGCCUCACAUGGAAUGCAGUUUUUACACAAGUUAAUCCUCAAUCGUAAUCCUCUGACAACUGUUCAAGAUCCAUAUCUUUUUAAUUUGCCAGCACUGAAAUAUUUAGACAUGGGAGCAACCCAAGUGUCAUUUACAACACUUGAUAACAUCCUCAAGAUGACACUUCCACUGGAAAAACUGAUCUUACCUAGCCAUUUGGCCUGCUGCCUCUGCCACUUCAAAAAUAAUAUUGAGGCUGUUGCCAAGUCAAUCAAACUGCAUUGUGACAAUGAGUGUCUGGUAAAAACACAUUGUGAUGAACAAGUACUUACAGAAGGACCAUUCAUGAAAAUAAUAGAAGGCCGGAAGAAGUACAACAGCAGUGAGCUGACAAUUGAGUCAGAGAGGACAGCCCCAAAGAAAAAUAGCGAGAAUUUGUCAGCCUUCAUGAGCCUCCUGCUGAAAUUGCUUGAUGAGCAGCAGGAAGUAAAGGUUUCCAAGGGAGAGUUGGAUACAGAACAAUGGAAAAAUGAGGAGAUGGAAGCCCCGGGGGAACAGGAAGAGGAGGAGCCAAAUGAGUUCAGAAAUGAAGUGCCAGGAUUUAAGAACUACAACAAAGUCAUCAUAGCAUCACCUGUGAUUGCAGUAGUAGCUUUUUAUUUUGUAGUUUUCUGUCUCAUUGCGAUUUGUUGCUGUAAGGAGGCUUCAAAAGAAAGCUCAAGGUAA